AUGAAUGAUGUUCGCGAAAAAGUUGUCGCUGGGUCCUCGACAUGGGAAAGUGCUCCGCCGCACAGCGACUCAUCUCCUGAAAUUCAUUCCUCCCCCGGAGGCAGCGGGGAAACUCCUCAAACUCCUGGAGCCCCAGCUCCUCUUGCACCGCAUCUUGCUGCAGAUUUGCAUCCAGAUUUAAUACAACAAGGAUGGCAGAAAUAUUGGUCAAGGCGUGAAAACAGACCUUAUUUUUGGAACAAAAUAUCUGGCGAGUCUAUGUGGGAGUUACCAGCGGUGAAAAGAGAUUUUGACCCAAUAACGGACCCCUUAGGUAUAUGUCACACAGGUCCACCCAACGCUGGGAAUGUCACUCCAAGUGCUAGUAAGCGACGUCCAUCCGAAGACAAUGGGCCUCCACCAAAAAAGUUUGUUCUUGCCGGACCUUGGGAUAUUGAAGUUCCAACUAAUGUCAUAAUAUAUGAGCGGCCACCAACUAUUUGCCCCCAUCCUCAUCCAGAGAUUGAAGGGUUUAGAUUUACAUUAGCUAAUAAGUUGAGGCAGUGUUAUCAGGAAUUGUGUCACACUAGAGAGAGUAUAGACGCCCCUAAAGAUUCUUUUAACAGAUGGCUGAUGGAGAGAAAAGUGAAUGACCAAGGAGGUUCAGACCCGUUGCUACCUAGCCAUUGUUUUCCUGAAAUAUCUCAUUCUAUGUACGAAGAAAUUAUGAAUGACAUACCCUUAAAAUUGGCUCAUCCAAAAUUUACCGGAGAUGCCCGUAAACAACUCUCAAGAUAUGCAGAAGCCGCAAAAAAAAUGAUUGAAUCUAGAAAUGCAUCUCCGGAAAGUAGAAAAGUUGUUAAGUGGAAUGCCGAAGAUACUUUUCAGUGGCUGAGACGGACUGUUGGUGCGACUUAUGAUGACUUCCAAGAUAGAUUGGCACAUUUACGAAGACAAUGUCAACCACACCUCGCAGAAACAGCAAAAGCAUCGGUGGAAGGAAUUUGUCUUAAGAUUUACCAUUUAUCAGCUGAGUACGCCAGAAAGAUAAGAGAAAAACAUAGCAUGUUGUUAAAAGAAAAUGGAAUACAGGAGUUACCAGCCCCACUUCAGCAGGCUGCUCUACGUAAGGUGUGGUGCUAUCCUGUACAAUGUGCUUUGCCUUCACCGAGGCCACCUCUCGUGGAACACUUUCUAGACCGAGACCAAGUGUUGCUGAGAUACCUCGGGGAAACACAAGUCAUCAACGCCAAUUACCUACAAAAACUUGAGCAGUUAUACCGCUACAGCUGUUUCGAUGACAAGAAGUUCGAACAGUUUCUAUCCCGAGUGUGGUGCCUUCUGAGACGGUACGCGGCGUGGGUGGGGGGCGCGGGGGCCGGGGUCAAUGACUCCCACGUCACACAGAUGGCGCUUCCGGUUCCAGUAUUGGACUGCCUCCAUCGAUACUUCGGCGUCACCUUUGAAUGCUUCGCCAGUCCCCUCGACUGUUAUUUCAGACAAUACUGCUCUGCGUUCGCAGAUACUGAUUCCUAUUUCGGUUCACGAGGCCCUUUCCUCGAGCUUCGGCCUGUCUCCGGGUCGUUGGUGGCGCACCCGCCCUACUGUGAGGAGCUCCUGACCGCAGCCCUGCGACACAUGGAGCGCCUUCUCCAGGACUCCGCGGAGCCUCUUAGUUUCGUGGUGGUUCUCCCCGAGUGGCCUGACAAACAGACACACGCACUGCACAAACUACAGGCCAGCCAUUUUAAGAGGAAACAGGUGGUCAUACCAGCGUUUGAACACGAGUAUCGCCACGGUUUUCAACAUGUACUUCCAAAAAACGAAGUUUAUUUCCGUUGGGGCUGCGGCACUGUGGUGGUAUGGUUGCAAAACGCAGCGGGUUUCGCACGCUGGGGACCCACAGACGAGCGUGUAGAAGCGUUAUUAGACGCCUGGCGACCGCGCGCCAAACUGCGCUCCCCAGUACCGCCUACACCCUCAGUAGAACAAUCGCCGCACCCCGCACAUCCCUCAUCCGACAGGCGCUAG